AAACCCUCCCUUUCCUCACCUCGCCGCGGCGGCGGGCCAGGACGCUGCGCCAGGCCCUGCAGCUGGCUCCCGCAGCGCAGCGGAGCGCCGGGCUGCCUCUGCCCUCCCUUUCCCUUUGUUUUUUCCUCUCCUCCUGUCACUGUCACCCGGGUGGGAGAGCCCGUCCCGUGCACGCUCCUCUUGGCGCUAACCCGCCCGAGCGAUUCCUCUCCUGCUGCCUGUGGGAAACUUUCCAGCGCUCCGACUCAGCCGGUGGCUGCUGCCUUCGAACCACCUUCCCCUGCGGAUUGCGACAGCUGGAUGAGAGGAUAAAGCCUUUUCUCUCCUCUUUCCUUCCUCCUCGCUUUCUUUGCGUUUUUCCCUCCUGAAGCCGCGGAGGUUCCCGGCCCGCGGGCGCGAUGCCGGCGGGAGCCCUGGGCUGCCUCGUGCUCCUCUGCCUGCUCGAGGGGAGCGCGGGCAGCGUCCGGAGAUACUACAUCGCCGCGGCGGAGAGCGCCUGGGACUACGUGCACAGCGACCUGCUCCCCACGCUGCAAGCGCCGGCAGGGGUAUCGGGGCAUCCGGACCCGCAGCCCCCCAUGCCCGGCGUGCCCCCGCGGUACAGGAAAGCCGUGUUUGUGGAGUACCCCGAUGCCUCGUUCACGCAGCCCAAACGCAAGCCGGCGUGGAUGGGUCUCCUGGGCCCCACCAUCCGAGCAGAAGUCUAUGACACGGUGGUGAUCACUUUUAAGAACCUGGCCUCCCGCCCGUACAACCUCCACGCCGUCGGCGUGUCCUACUGGAAGGUGUCGGAGGGGGCAGGGUAUGAGGAUGAGACCAGCCAGCUGGAGAAGGAAGGGGACAGGGUGGAUCCGGGGAAGACGCACACGUACAUCUGGGAAAUCCAGCAAAACCAGGGCCCGACAGAUGGUGACUCCCCAUGCCUGACCCACUCCUACUCCUCCAACACCGACAGCGUGAAGGACACCAACUCCGGUUUGAUCGGAGCCCUGCUCGUGUGCCGACCUGGGACCCUGGCGAGUGAUGGGACGCAGAAGGCACAGCAGGAGUUUGUGAUGCUCUUCGCAGUGUUUGAUGAAGGGAAAAGCUGGUACUCCGAGCCCGGCUCCCCAGCAGCUCCUCAGCCCCUGGCACACAACAGGACGGAGCUGCACACCGUCAAUGGCUACAUUAACGGCUCACUGCCUGGUCUCACGCUGUGCCUCAAGAAGCAGGUCUAUUGGCAUGUGAUUGGGCUGGGCACUGGGCCCGAAGUACACUCCAUCUUCCUUGAAGGCCACACGUUCCUGGUGAGGAACCACCGUCUCAGCAGCCUAGAAAUCUCCCCUGCCACGUAUCGCACAGCCCAGACCAUGCCAGGGACAACCGGCUGGUUUCGGAUGUUCUGCCAGAUACCAUCCCACCAGCAAGCUGGCAUGGAGGCCUUUGUGAAGGUGGAAGAGUGCCCAGAGGAGCGCCUCGUGAAGAUGGGGGAGCCAUCAGAUGAGCCAGAGGACGUGGAUUACCCUGAAGAAGAAGAUGAGGAGACUUCUUAUCACGUCAUCCAAGUGCGCUCUUUUGCCAAGGAGGAACCUGUGACCUGGACUCAUUACAUUGCGGCUGAGGAGAUGGACUGGGACUAUGCCCCAGUGAAGCCAGCAUCUCUUGACAGAAAGACCACGAGCCUGUUUCUGGAGGCCGGCCCUCAGCGGAUUGGUUCCAAGUAUAAGAAAGUCAUGUUUGUGGAGUACGAGGAUGCAACCUUCAAGAAGCGCAAGGUGUCGGCUCAACCGGACAAGGGAAUUCUGGGGCCUGUCCUUAAGGGGGAGGUUGGUGAUCAGCUUAAGAUCGUCUUCAGGAAUCUGGCAAGCCGGCCUUACAACAUCUACCCUCAUGGCCUCACCAGCGUAAGGCCGUACCACGCCAUGAAGGCCUCUGAAGCUCGGGAUGUGAAGGACAUUCCUGUCCCCCCUGGCCAGUCGUUCACCUACAGCUGGACGGUCACAACCGAGGACGGGCCAACACACGCGGAUCCUCGCUGCCUCACCCGUUUCUACUACAGCUCCAUCAACCCGACCCGAGACACAGCCUCAGGCCUCAUUGGCCCCCUCUUGAUCUGCUUCAAGAAAUCCAUGGACCAGAGGGGAAAUCAGAUGAUGUCGGAUGAGACGAGGUUGGUGCUGUUUUCGGUCUUUGAUGAGAAUCGCAGCUGGUACCUGGAGGAGAACAUCCAGAGGUUCUGCACUGACCCAGGCCACGUGGACACGCAGGAUCCCCAGUUCUACGCCUCCAAUGUGAUGCACACUAUUAACGGCUUUGUCUUUGACAACCUCCAACUGAACCUGUGCCUGAAUGAAGUCGUGUACUGGUACAUCCUAAGCGUUGGGGCCCAGACAGAUUUCCUCUCUGUCUUCUUCACUGGAAACACAUUCAAACGCAACAUGGUCUUUGAGGACGUGCUUACCCUUUUCCCGUUUUCUGGAGAAACGGUCUUCAUGAGCUUGGAAAAGCCAGGCGUCUGGAUGCUGGGGUGCCUGAACCCUGACUUCAGAGACCGGGGGAUGCACGCCAAGUUCACAGUCUCUCAGUGCCAGCAUGAACAAUAUUUUGAUGGGGAAGAUUACGUGGAUUAUGAGGAAGAGGACACCUUCGAAUUACAGCCCAGGGGCUUCUCUAAGAGAAAGAGGUGGCGCAGGCCAUGUGUGAAUAAGCAGCCAAACAAUGUCACGUCUUCAAGCAGUGAGACAGAGAAGCCAAGAUUGUGCUUAACAAAACCCAGGCACGGGGCCCUGCUGAGCAAUGGCAGUAAUUCUGAUACCCCUUCAUCAGUACUUUCAGGAACGAUCCCACAUCCAGCUGAUAUCUCCAUGUCCUCUUUGCCAGAGACAAACUAUGACCCAGUGUCUUAUGAAUCCUUCCUGGAAGAUGAAGAAGAAUUAUCAAAAGCCAUCAACCAGGUUCAAGGAUUUGGGGCUCUCCCACCUGGAGAAAGCUCUACUAGUACGUUACAGAUCUUGGCAGCAGAGCCUCAACCAGCUAUUCAGCCAGGAGAGCAGAAGGAGUCACAUGCAAAAGGCUUGUGGGAAACGAUUUCCUCUGCUGCUAGCAGAGCUCCUCUUGUAGAGAACAGGAGCUCAUUCCAUCCAAAUGACCUGGAGCACAAUCCAGGACUUCCAGGCAUGUCUUCAGAGGGUGCUAAAAACGAGUCACUAAAAGGGACUGAUAAAGUAUCCUUAAAUCUAUACAAGUCAAGGGAAACAAUCGGUACAGAACUGACCUUUAGUACUGAUAGUAAUUCCUCUUUCACACUGCCUAAUCCUUCAGCAUCUUCAGGCAAAAGAGAAGACAACAGGACUUCUCAAGCUAUAGUUCAGAGUCACACUGAAGGAAGCAAUCAUUCUUCAAAGGAGCUAGAUGCUGGGCUAGAAAAAAGACUUCAUGAAGUGGUUUCACAAGGCUUUUUUGAAGUGAAGAAUGGUUCUUUGUCAGAUGUGGGGCCCAGCAAAUCUGUACAAGGUCAAAUCUCCCUGGAGGAGAGUAACUCCUUGCCUGCAAAAGAUGCCACAGAACUAGAGGCCAGCAAAUCUGCCAAAGGCAAAAGUCCUCUGGAAACUGCCUUUGUGCACAGCAAUGACCUUGAGCCUUCUGCUCAUAUCGUGACGGAAGAGACAGAUGAAUUGAUUCUGGAGGCAGUUUUUCAAGAUGCUGUAGUGUCCAAGGGGUUGCCGGAGAUGGACAGUCAUGCCUUUCCCAAAUCAAAUGUCGUGGCCAAUGAAACAAGGCACUCACAAAAUGCUUUCUUAAAAAGCCAGGAGAGGUUUAAACACGGAGCUCCAGACCGGAGCCUGGCUGGCCCUGAUCUGAGGCACCGACAAGCCAGGUCAGUGGAGAGCGAGGAGGAGGUUCCUGUCCCAGGGACAGUGCCUCGGCCUGAGGCAGGAGGGUUGAUGCAUGGUCCAGGUCUUCCAAAAGCCAGUUCACCUGGCAGCAGAGAACCCCUCUCUGAGGGUAACAAAGUGGAGCAGGAUCUGUCCGGCCAGACCCCCGAGAUGCUGCAUCCUAAGGGGUGGUCGGACCCAGGCAGGGGUGCCCAGAGCAGCAGCGAGGGGGCUCAGCCCCAUGGGAGCCCCUUCCCUGUGCUGGGAACACCAACGAACAAGAAGGCGACUGCUGCCAGCAGCUCAGAAAUGAAGGCUGUCACUGUGGCUGGAGACCUGGCCUCAAACUGGGACCCAGCCCUGCCUCGGGCAGUGGGGCACGCUGGGGGCGUGGAGAGCCCAGCUUUAGCUGAGUGGCAGCAGGGCAGAGAUGCAGCCUGGAGGGCUCCCUGGAGUGAGCAGGCUCAGAACAGAAGCCUAAUGGAGGAGGAGACAAACUCGGUGGAGCAGCAAGGUGAGGAAAGAAGCUGGUUCGGGCCCCAGCCUCGGCAGCUCGAGGCCAAUGCUGAGGACUAUGUGCCUGGGAGCACAUCUGGGCAAAGCCCAGCAGAAAUCCCUAUGAAACUGGCCUCCAAGAAGAACUAUUCCCUGUCUCCAAGUGACCCCACUCGCAACCACAGUGCUAUUGAGAAACCACACAAAUAUGCACAAGCCAGUUCGGAUGCACGACGGGUGCUUGGAGGGGAAGAUGUCCUCAGACAAGCUGGGAAGAGAGAGGGCCAGGGCCUGGGAGAUGCUGAGGAGGAUGGAGAGAGCAGCGGCCCAGCUGAGAAGAGGAACCAUGCCCCAGACCAGCUGGAGAGCUCGGCUCUAAACAACAGGACUGGUUCCAGCACUUCGAAGCCAAAGACUGACAAGCCAGACUACGAUGAGUAUGGUGACACAGGGCAGACCAUGGAGGACUUUGACAUCUAUGGGGAAGAGGAGCAUGACCCACGUUCCUUCCAGGGAGAGAUCAGGCAGUAUUUCAUUGCGGCGGUCGAGGUGAUGUGGGAAUAUGGGAAUCAGAGACCCCAGCACUUCCUGAAAGCCACGGACCCCCUGGGCGGCAGGAGGAAGCCUUUCCGGCAGUACCGCAAGGUGGUUUUCCGAGAGUACUUGGACGGCUCCUUCACUCAGCCGCUGGUGCGCGGGGAGCUGGACGAGCACUUGGGCAUCCUCGGGCCGUACAUCAGGGCAGAAGUUGAAGAUGUCAUCAUGGUUUCAUUCAAGAAUCUGGCCUCACGGCCCUUCUCCUUCCACUCCACGCUGCAAGCCUAUGAGGAGACGCACGGGGCGAUGGAGGGCCAGGAGGCAGUGCAGCCCGGCGAGCUCCGGCAGUACUCCUGGAAAGUCCUGCCCCAGAUGGCACCCACCACCCAGGAGUUCGACUGCAAGGCCUGGGCUUACUUCUCCAACAUGGACCUGGAGAAGGAUCUUCACUCCGGCCUCAUUGGGCCACUGAUCAUCUGCCGCCGCGGGGUGCUGAGCUCCGUUUUCAGGCGGCAGCUGGCUGUGCAGGAGUUCUCCCUGCUCUUCACCAUCUUUGACGAGACCAAAAGCUGGUACUUCCAGGAGAACAUGGAGAGGAACUGCCGCCCUCCUUGCCGCAUCCAGCAGGACAACCCUGACUUUAAGAGAAACCAUUCCUUCCAUGCCAUCAACGGCUACGUGGGGGACACGCUGCCCGGGCUGGUGAUGGCUCAGCAGCAGCGGGUCCGAUGGCACCUCCUGAACAUGGGCAGCACAGAGGAUAUCCACUCCGUCCAUUUCCACGGGCAGCUGUUCAGCGUCAGGACGAACCAGGAGUAUCGCAUGGGCGUCUACAACCUCUAUCCCGGUGUCUUCGGGACGGUGGAGAUGUGGCCCUCGCACGCCGGGAUCUGGCGCGUGGAGUGCAAAGUGGGCGAGCACCAGCAAGCCGGGAUGAGUGCCCUCUUCCUCGUGUACAACCUGAACUGCCAGAGUGCCCUUGGCCUGGCCUCUGGCCACAUCGCAGACUCUCAGAUCACGGCUUCGGGGCAGUAUGGGCAGUGGGCCCCUCACUUGGCCAGGCUGGACAACACUGGCUCCAUCAAUGCCUGGAGCACUGACCACAGCGAUGCCUGGAUCCAGGUGGACCUUUUGCAUCUCAUGAUCAUCCACGGCAUAAAAACCCAAGGGGCCCGACAAAAGUUCUCCAGUCUCUACAUCUCCCAGUUUGUUGUCUUCUACAGCCUCGAUGGGCACAGGUGGAGGAGAUACAAGGGGAACGCUACCAGCACCCAGAUGCUCUUCUUUGCAAAUGUGGAUGCUACUGGAGUGAAAGAAAAUCGCUUCAACCCUCCGAUCAUCGCCCGCUACAUCCGCAUUAACCCCACUCACUACAACGUCCGGACCACGCUGCGCAUGGAGCUCAUCGGCUGUGAUCUGAACAGCUGCUCCAUGCCCCUUGGAAUGGAGAACGGAGGGAUCCCCAGCCAGCGCAUCUCAGCAUCCUCCUACAGCACCAGCGUCUUCUCCAGCUGGUCGCCCUCCCAGGCCCGCCUGAACUGGCAGGGGAGGACCAACGCGUGGAGGCCAAAGAUCAACAGCCCCAGUGAGUGGCUGCAGGUGGACUUUGAAGUGACCAAGAAGGUGACUGCAGUCAUAACCCAAGGCGCCAAGGCUGUCUUCACCAACAUGUUCGUGAAGGAGUUUGCUGUCUCCAGCAGCCAGAACGGCGUGCACUGGAGCCCGGUCCUGCAGGACGGCAAAGAGAAGAUCUUUAAGGCAAACCAAGAUCACACUGGCGCAGUGAUGAACGCCCUGGAGCCCCCGCUUUUUGCCCGCUUCGUGAGGAUACACCCCCGCCGGUGGCACAACCACAUCGCCCUGCGGACAGAGUUCCUGGGCUGUGACACGCAGCAGGAGUACUGAUGGCUGCGGGGCCAGGCAUGGGCACCACCGGCCCACGGACCCACGUCCGACCACACAUGAACUGUCACCGGGGCCAGCGCCACUGCCGCGGCAGCCCCGCAAGGACACCCUCGCCGCACAGGGCCACCGGGCGCCGGUGGCAUCAGCACAGUUUCCUCCAUCUCCCCUGGCUCUGGCCAUGCUGGUGGCUCCCGUUGGCGGGGAGGAGAAGGCCUGCAGAGCUGUCGGGGUGGGCAGCAGGUCACCAGUCCCUUUCUGUCUGUCAUACACCACCUGCCAUGUAGUCAGAUGCGAUGCUGAAGAAUUAAACAGUAAUUUUCCAGUG